CCUCAGCCCAGCAGCUGGCUGCCUGCUCUCGGAGGCGGAGGGGAGCAGAGGGAGGCUGAGAGGCAGCCCCUGGGACCCCCCCCCCGUCGCCCCCAGCAGCGCGGGAGAACUUGGCUGCUUCUCCUCCAACUUCGGUGGGAGCUGAGGGGGGUCCUCCUCUUCCUCCUCUUUGCCAAGGAGGCCUCAGCCAACAGACCUGGAAGAAGUCUUUGUCUUGGAGUUAACAGAGUGGAGUUUUGAGACCAUUCAUCAUGAAGAGCAUAGCAGAAGGAGGGUUCAGAGUAACUGCUUUCCUAUUCAUAGUUCAAGCAGUUUCUGCUAUGGUACUUCCCAAUGCAACAGACUUUGAGGAGCUACUGGAAAAAUACAUGGAUGAAGAUGGUGAAUGGUGGGUUGCCAAGCAAAGAGGAAAAAGAGCUAUCACUGACAGUGACAUGCAGAGUAUCUUGGAUCUUCAUAAUAAAUUACGGGGUCAGGUUUAUCCACAAGCUUCCAAUAUGGAAUAUAUGACAUGGGAUGUAGAGUUGGAAAGAUCAGCACAAUCCUGGGCGGAGACAUGUCUUUGGGAACAUGGUCCUGCAAGUCUUCUUCCCUCCAUCGGACAGAACUUGGGAGCACAUUGGGGAAGAUAUAGACCACUAACAUUUCAUGUCCAAGCGUGGUAUGAUGAAGUGAGAGAUUUUAGCUAUCCUUAUCCUCAAGAAUGCAACCCUUACUGCCCCUAUAGAUGUUCUGGUCCCGUAUGCACUCAUUAUACGCAGGUGGUAUGGGCAACAAGUAGCAGAAUAGGUUGUGCUGUUAACUUGUGCCAUAACAUGAAUGUCUGGGGGCAGAUAUGGCCAAAAGCAAUUUACCUGGUGUGCAAUUAUUCACCCAAGGGUAAUUGGUGGGGACAUGCACCAUAUAAGCAUGGCCGCCCAUGUUCUGCAUGUCCACCUAGUUUUGGAGGAGGCUGUAGAGAAAACCUUUGUUAUAAAGAGGGUUCAGAAAGAGUUUAUUCUCCAGAGAUGGAAACCAAUGAGAUUGAACGACAGCAGCCACAUGUGCAGGAGACAUCACAAAAUCGAUUAAGGUCUCAUUUGUCUUCCUCUGAUGACAGUGAAAGAAAUGAUGUCAUCAGCAAACAACAAAUGUCUCAAAUUGUUUCAUGUGAAGUGCGACUGAGGGACCAAUGCAAAGGAACAACUUGUAAUAGGUAUGAAUGUCCUGCUGGCUGUUUGGACAGUAAUGCCAAAGUUGUGGGAAGUGUUCAUUAUGACAUGCAAUCAAGCAUUUGCCGAGCUGCAAUACAUUAUGGAAUCCUUGACAAUGAUGGUGGCUGGGUUGAUGUUACCAGACAAGGAAGAAAACACUAUUUUAUUAAGUCCUAUAGAAAUGGAGUACAGUCAAUUGGCAAGUACCAGUCUGCUAAUUCCUUCACAGUCUCUAAAGUAACAGUACAAGCAAUCACUUGUGAAACAACUGUUGAACAAUUAUGUCCAUUUUACAAGCCAGCCACACAUUGCCCAAGGGUCUAUUGUCCUCACAACUGCAUGCAGGCAAAUCCACACUAUGCACGAGUAAUUGGAACACAAAUUUAUUCUGAUAUAUCUAGCAUCUGUCGGACAGCUGUACAUGCUGGGGUAAUUCGCAAUGAAGGGGGCUUUGUUGAUAUCAUGCCAGUGGAUAAAAGAAGAAUGUACAUUGCUUCAUUUCAAAAUGGCAUUUUUUCAGAAAGUUUACAGAAUCCGCCAGGAAGUAAAGCAUUCAGAGUGUUUGCUGUGGUUUAAAGGCUACCAUAAAACUUAUAAAAACAAUAUCAAAAGACAGUGUUUGGAAGAAGAGAAAUAAAAUUCCAUUUCAUCCACUUCCUGGAGUUUGU